AUGGCUGUUCAAGGUCUCUUUCCAUCAUGGCACCGCAACAAGGGCCUAGAUUACGACGCGGUUGAAAAUGAUCCGUCUUCCCGUACAGAACGGCCAAGUCUUUCCGAGGUCAUAGCCUCGAAGCGCUUUCGCUGGCUGGUGGGGACAGUCAUUGGAGCGCUAUUGGUGGUCUUUGUUCUCGACAACUCUGUUCAGGUUUCGAGAUUCCGGCACCCGACCUCGUCAUCAUCCCAGGCGGCGUUGGGCCAAGUCGAGGGCGCGAAGAGCCACACAGACGUAGACUGGUCCCGGUUCGCCUAUAGGUUGCAGCACCUGCAAAGCAAAGCUGAUCGCAUCUUGCUGUACCCUUCCGAAAUGCUAGAUCCCCUGGCAACAACUGGAAAUACCAAAGAUGCUUCCCUCCUCAUUCAUGCGAGGGAUACAUAUGGUGUGAAACUAAUUCCCAUCACUGUUCAGCACAGAAAAGGCUCGGAUCCUACAUGGGCUGAGUCUUUCACCAAGCUCCUAGCCUUCAACCAGACCCAGUAUAAUCGAGUCCUUUCUAUUGACUCUGAUUCCACACUGCUACAGAAUAUCGAUGAGCUAUUCCUAUCGCCGCCCGCUACGGUCGCCGUCCCGCGGGCCUACUGGCUCUACCCUGAGAAGAAGAUAGUUGCUUCGCACAUCAUGCUCGUGCAGCCCAGCGUUGCUGAGUUUGCCCGGAUAGUGGAAAAGGUGGACCACGCCGGGAAAGAAGAGUAUGACAUGGAAAUCAUCAACGACCUGUACAAAGACAGCGCCAUGAUUCUCCCUCACCGGCCAUAUGCGCUGUUGACUCGCUCUUUUGGCGGCGAUCACCAAGACUACUAUCUCGGCAACAGCAACGAGGUUUGGGAUGCGGUAACUGUCUACAAUGAGGCCAAAUAUCUUCACUUCUCUGACUGGCCUAUGCACAAACCCUGGUUGAAAUCCUCUGAUAGUCUGAUCAAGGAGAGGCAACCUGACUGCGUGGUCAAAGAUGGGAAUGAGGAUUGUACUGCACGAAAGCUGUGGCUUAGCUUCUACACGGACUUCAGAGCUCGUAGAUCUGUGAGUACACUCGACUCCAUUCGAUUACUGCGACAUGAUUUUGCUUACAUGCCUAAAGCAAGUUUGCGGUAUCGACACCUGAUCCAAACUGUCAAGCAUUAG